AUGCUUUCGCAUUUGUGGAUUCACAGUCCGGACGAGGACUGGCGGGGGAUCACCGAUCCCGCCACGCGGAAAAAGCUGCAGAACAAGCUAAACCAACGCGCUCAACGAGCAAAAAAGAGUCUCUUGCGAGAUCAGAAGAAAGCGUCCCUCCAGUCAAACAGGAAACGCAAAGAUGUUCUGAUUCUCCCGCGGCCAAGGCAGGGCCAAAUUCCAGAACGGUUCACCCAGCCAGGAUCUCUGGAGGAAGCAAUAACCAUGAUGCCACGAUUCAAUGCUACUGCCUACGCUGCAUAUUAUACUGCUAACUCGUGUGUCGACCAAUUACUAACAUGGUCAAAAUUCAACGUUCUCCGCGCCUUUGUGGACAACCUCAACGUAUUUGGGUUGAGUAUGCAGCAGGUGGAGGACGAUGACGCUGUAUCCCCUUUCAAUUUAUCUCCAACCCGGCACGGGGAUCAGACUCUCCCUGCAAGCCUCUGUCCAACUACAGCUCAAUGUUCCGUGCCUCAUCACCCCUGGCUGGACUGCCUCCCAUUCCCACAAAUGCGGGAUAACUUGAUUCUCGUCCCUGAGACGUUUGACGAUUGCACGCUCUGCACAGAUAUUAUGGACCCUGCGAGUGGCGACGUUGGCAUGCUUGUUUGGGGCGAUCCUUGGCUUCCCCAGAGCUGGGAAGUGUCCGAGUGGUUCGUUCGCAAGUGGGCUUGGGUGAUUCGCGGAUGUCCAGAAAUCCUGCACUCGAGUAACUAUUGGCGGACUAAACGGGGUUUGACAAGGCUGGAUCUAAAGGGAAUAUUAUAG